CCCAGUAGCGGGCCGCUCGCCGUCCGUGCGUCGCGUCUCUGUAGUUAUAACGUCACAUAUCAAAUUUCACGCGAAAAAUUUGAUAUUGUCGUCGAUUUGUGAAGUGUCAGAAAGUUCUGCCGGUAAUUGUUGUUCCUGUAUUUUAGUGCUUGGUUCUGUUUAUUUGCGUUUGUGUUUUGUUGCUCAGUGAUUUCUAGUGUUUUGUUACCAGUAGUAGACGAAAAUGUAGAUAGAUCAGUUGCACGUACAUUUGCUAAAGGUACGAUGUCCAUUGACCAGGCGUCUCCUCUGGUGCCCAUCAAGCCUCAAGUGUCGCUGCAGAACAGUGCGUUCAUCAAGAACAGCCACAACCGAAGCAGCUUCUGCGGAGUGAGUCCUUCCAGCGGGACCUUCAAGACAUUCGCUAUAAAUAGGAAGAGUUGGAGCGGCAAUGGCACGCUUCCGCUCCAACAGUUUACGCCCGAGGUGGAACAAACGCCGCAUCUAGCGACGUUCCGCUCCGGGACUGGGACGUUCCCGAGGAACAGGGAACGGAACAAUAACGCAACGAACGGAAUAUUAACGCCUAACGGGAACUCGGUCCAGAGCUUCAAAGGAAAUGAGCUGAGAAGGAGCGGAUGCUCUAACGGCCGACGCUACGCGGAGAUCGGGUACUGGAAUAAAAGAAAUGCGACGUUUCUAGAGCCUCACCUGCAAGGAGUAAGGCGCCGCGACAGCCGCAGUUCCGACUCGGACCACGAUGAGCGCUCCACCGAGGAUGACGAGCGGUCACUCAUACGCAGUUCACCAAGAACAAGGCUGCCGCCGCCCCCUCCCCCGCCCCCGGACGACGAGCCUCCCCCGCUGAAGCCGCGGGAGUUCUUCGAAAGGCUCCAAAGCCAGGCCAUGAGGGAGGCGCAGGAUCGACGGCGCCCGCGCGACCUGAAGGACCAGCUGUUCAGGCCUGUUGAUGCUGAAGGCAGUCUGGGGGAUAGUCUUAGUCAGAGCCGAGAGAGCCUAUCAUCGGACGGUGAAGGCGCCCGCGGCGACUGCUCCUCCGUGGACUCCUCAGGGUCAGGGUCGGAGGAGCAGCCGCCAUGCGACAUCGGCCUCUUGGAGCGCCUCAUCAGGACGCACCCUGUGUGGUUCCUGCCUGGCAUCCAGAGGGCUGGCGCGUUCCAUCUUCUGCAGGGAAAAGAAGAAGGGAACUUCGUCGUCCGCCAAUCGAGCCAGCCCGACACAAUGGCGAUCAGCGUCCGCCUGCCCGCCGACAAGGGGCCCUACAUCGAGCACUACUUGAUCCAGGCCUCGGGAGGCCGCAUCGGCCUGGAGACCUCGCACAACCGCUUUGACAACAUCCCGGAGCUUAUCGCUCAUUACUGCCAGUGUUGUGAUGAAUUACCAGUGCAACUCCAGUUACCCCGAGCUCUUCGUGAAGCAAAGAGUCGGCACCAACUCAGUUCUUUAACGCUUUUGGGGCAAGAGUUCUGGGGCUAUCCCAUGGCCAAUCCCAAGAAUAACCCCACCAACCUUCUCUCGCCAUGCCAGUUGGCUAACGGAGUGGUGCCAAUGGCUAUCACUCCAUCUGAUACUGGAUCUAGUCUUAGUAGCUUCAAUGCAAGCUCAGGAACAAACUCUAGAGAAAUACUUAGUCCAGAAAAAGAUAAAAAUGUUGUGCUAAAAAUGUCGCCUAUCGACCCACCAGGUUCCCCACCGAAACAAAACCAGAACCUUAGCACGUUCAAGGGAAGGACGCCUCCGUCUCCGCCUGCGAAACCGAACAGUGCAUUUGUCAGAGCACCCCGACCAACCCCACCAAAUACCCUCAACCUUAUGUCGAGCACCGCUCACAUAACCCAACCGCAUACAUUUCCUACAGCAAACACCCAACACUCACCCACCUUGAACAACGUCAAAACCACACCCCCUCCCCCGCCGCCGCGGUGGGCCAAACCACCGUUCUCCAAAGCAUCCUUAUCCCCAAAAUCCGAAGUCGCUUUCAGCCCAAUUAACAAGGCACAGAAUGGAAACAUUACAGUCACAACAACUGUCACCUUCUGUGUCAAUAACACCCAAAUUCACAACCACCAAAUAAACGAGAGCAUACAAAGUGAUCGGCUACAACUAACGCUUGCGUCUAAUGCCAUCAACAAUAACAGUAACGCUGACGCCGUAUUCAACUUGUUGGAUGCGGGCAAACCUUUUGCUGAGCCUGACGGAGAAGCCCAGAACAUGAUGCACCGAAUGUCACCAGAGGGGGAGUGCAUCAAUGCAAUGACAGCUAGUUUGCACGGGAGCUUCAAAAGGCAAAUGACUGAACAAAACACCACCGAUCCCGGAUCGCCAGUAGAACAAUCCCAAAACACUUCAGACUCCGUCGAUCCGAUAGCGAAUAGUUUCACUAAGUCUUCUAGCACGAGCUUCGCUGCUAAUCAACUUGUAUCUCCAAAUGGAACGAAUUCCGUAACCAGUGGCAUAUUUUCGCCCACCAGCCAGAUUAAUUCACCAGUUUCGAAUGACACUAUUUCCUCAAAAAGUGGUGUUUUCUCUCCAAUAAGUCAAACUAAUAAGAGUGAAAUCUUCUCACCUGUCUCUAGAAGUUCUCCUGUAUCGGGUAAAAAUGUUUUCUCUCCUACUUCUAAUCAGUCUAUCGUAUCUCCUAUGACUUGUAAAGAUAGGGAAAAAGUGAUGUCUCCCAACACAAAUACGACAAGUACUACACCAUCUGGUAGAUCAAGGAGGAGUAGACACUCCCAGCGAAAGGAGUCCAGACAUUAUCAGGAAUCAGACAUCCUUGAAUCUCCAGGUGUGUAUUACAGAAGCUCGUUAAUGGAUAAAGUAUCUGAUUAUGAAGAUAUUUGGGGACCAGAAAGCAAUAACUGUUCUACAUUCAAGCCCCUAAAGCCUGACAAUGAUAACAAUAUAAAUAACGGUCUUAUGAAAAGCAAGAAACCUGAUUUACUUCCAGACACCUUACCAAAAAUGACCAACGCAAAAAGCACUCAAUCAAUCUUAGAAAAGGAAAAUAUUCACAUUCUGAAUUCUACAGAAAGUUUGAACGAAAAGAAAAACUUAUCAGAUAGUUCUUUGAUGAAGAGUUUUAAUGGUUCUAAUGAAUUGAUCGCCACCACAAACAGUAAGGGAGACGUUGUGCCAAAGAGACCGGAUAAGCUUAACAUCGCACUAAACAUGAAUAAGAAACUUACUGAAGAAAUUGAAGCUACUUUCAAGAAUAGAGAAAAUUAUAAUACUGAAAGUAUGGAAACAAUCAAAUUGGAAGAUGACUGUAUAAAAGAACCAAUUCUUGAUGAUUCCGAUAAGGAUAACACUGGUAGUCCCUUUUAUGCUGAUCCAGUUGAUGCUCUUAAAGAAGCCGGCUUGCCUCAAGUUCAGCGUCGGAAGCUAAUAAGAGUAGGAAUGAACCUCUCUCAGCGAUACUCGGAACCUCCUCAAAACCAUCCUUACUAUCCUCUUCGAGACAUGCACAGCAUAGAAGAACUUUCUCCAUCAUCACCCAACACAUCGUCAUCUGUCGACAACCUAGUCUCGCUCCGAAGCAAGCCGAAGAUGAAGCCAGUUCAACCACCCCGCGUCACAGCGAAGCCCCCCACAGGCAAGGCAGACCAGACAUGGACCGUUGACUCCAGUUGGGAGUUCAUAAAUAAAAACGACGAAUGCUCAAACAGCGAAAGUGGUACUUUCCCGUCACUGGCCGAGCAGGAAUGCCGACUGAGCGGAGUGGAUGAUGGAGCACAACAUCUGACCGUUCACCAAAUCGUGGCUCAGAGAUUCCCAGAUCUAAGACUGAAUGCUGAGCCGAUAGCGCUGCCUGAAGAAGUGCGUUCGCCUCCACGAGCGUCCUGCUACGACAACGUACAUGAUCUAAGGCCUCUGUCUGAGCAGGCAAGCGAUGACGGCACGGUGUUCUCUGAGCCUUGGGACAGCUCUCAGUGGGACGGUCUGAUUCCUCCUAAGAAAGGGCAACAAGCGUAUGAUACGGAGGAGGUCUGUGAAUGGGAGUCCCCCAUCCCGAGGCGUGGCUCUGGGACGAAUACGAGGGCCAAGAGCUUCAGGGAUAGACUUGACCCAUUGCUUGCUGCGGGCCGAGUGCGAGCCCUUCGCGGCGGUCGCGGCGUGCGCGGCGCCGGCGCAGCGCUCCGGGCGUACGCGCUGCACCUCGCGCAAGACAAAAGCACCACUUUUGCGCAGAACAUAGACAACUUUAUCGCGUGCACGCUGGACUCGAAGGAGACUUGCCCGCAGGUGAUGAUGCGCAACAUGCGUCAGUUCAUGUCUGGGAUGAAGAACUACCUCGUCAAGCACGGGGAGAGGGAGUUCGAGAAAGAAGUCGAGAAGGAGAGGCUGAAGCUAAAACCCACUGAGUUCCUGAACAUCGACGCGAUCCUCGAGGGCGUGAUGCACCGGCUGGUGGUGCGGCCGCUGCGCGCGCGCCUCUACGCGCUGCUGGCCGGCUGGCACGCGCCCGACGUGCGCCGCCUGCACGCCGCCAUCGAGCGCGCGCACCACGCCACGCCGCUACAGCUCGGGGUCAAGGAAUCCACAAAAGUGCCGUCAGCUGCUGUCCUUGCAGUGAUCUCAAAACACUUCCUGAAGAUGCAAGAGGCUGACUCCCCGUUGGAUAAACUUGAAAACCUCCUCGCUGCCAUAUCUGUCAUGUUCAACGCUAUCCGAGGCGAGCGAGCACUAGGCGCGGACGACUUGCUCCCUGUCCUAGCAUGGACCGUUGCUCGCUGUAGGCUGGUCUGCGCAGAGCUCGAAGCAGAACUCAUGUCGGGACUGCUGCCAGCUGCAUUGCUUGCCGGAGAAGGCGGUUACUACUUGACCGCACUGUUCUCUGCUGUAGCCGUGCUGAAGAGACUGGCCCCUGAACCCGGACCGGAUAGCGCUACUCCUCAGUGGCGUCGUGGCUCAACCGACUGCGGGAACAACGGUGGCGGCGCUGCGGUAGUCCGGGUGGCUUUACCGGACGAGUGCCGCGGGUCCAUCCGGCGCGUGGCUCUGCCCUGCCGACCCGGGGCCCGAGCGAGGGACCUGUGCCGGGCCCUGGCUCAUGCCGCCGCUAUUACCAACCCGCAGGACUAUGCGCUGUUUGCGCUACACGACGGACAGGAGACAAUGUUGAACGAGAAUGAUUGUCCACAAGACGUGAUGUCAGAAAAGAGCGGCCAGAACUUCAUCCUUGCUUACAAGAGGAUAGAUGCGAAAAUCGCAUGGCCUCAACAGGCAUUGCUUUCUUACCCUUAGGGGGACAGAUU